GGGAUACCAAUUGAUGUUUGCAAAGUGCAUGGAGAAGAUGCAGUAUUUCUACAGCAAGCAGCUCAUAUAACUGGUGGGAGAUAUCUUAAACUACCAACUCCGCAAGGGUUCUUACAGUUUUUGAUGAUAACAUUUCUUCCGGAUCGAUAUACGAGAACUUAUCAAUGUUUACCUGGAGAAGAAAAGGUCGAUUUCGGUGCUGCAUGUUUUUGCCAUAAAAAAAUUAUAGAUAUUGGAUAUGUUUGUUCUUUUUUUGUCAUCCAUUGGAACAAUGUUCAACUUGCAGGUUU